UAUCACUCUUCUAAUCUCCAGUCAGUCACUCGCUCUGUACAACACUUGUCAUUCAUCGGGAUUUCCCACUCAGUACUAUAUUAUAUUUCUAAUAGACAUCAAUUUUUCAUCAUGAAGGCCAUUCUUGCUCUGUCCCUCGUUGCCGGCGCCCUCGCCGUGCCCAGCAAGGUCGUGCGCGACCCGCCCUCCCUGGUCGAGCGCGACCUGGCCUCCAUCACCAGCGUGAUUGCCAACAUCGAGAGCGAGGUCGAGGCCCUCGACUCCGCCAUCAGCGCGUACACGGGGGGAUCCUACACGGCGAUCGAGUCUGCUGCGUCGGCCGUCGUGGCGGCGAUCCAGUCGGGCGUGACGACCGUCGAGGCCUCGGCGGAUCUCAGCGUCGCCGACGCCGCUGACCUGAUCACCCCCGUGGAAGACCUCAGCGCCGACGUCGAGACCACCGUGUCUGAUUUUGUGAGCAUCGAGGCCAAGCUGGUGGCCGCGGGCGGGGGGGCGGACGCCUACGACUCCCUCGAGGCCCAGUACAGCGCGGCCGUUGAUCUCUCCAACGCCAUUGCCUCCAAGGUUCCCUCGGCGCUGUCGGCGGAGGCGGCUUCCCUUGCGGCGGGCAUCACUUCGGCCAUUGAGAGCGGCGUUUCUGUCUACGCCUCGGCCACGGCUGCCACCACGGAAGCUUCUGCUACCACGGAAGCCUCUGCUACGACUGCAGCUUCUGCCACCACUGCCGGCGAGGAGUCUUCCUCUGCUGCUUCUGCCGCCUCUACGGCUGCUGCUACUUCGGCCGCGUCUUCCGCUGCUUCCUCUGCUGCCGCCUCUUCUGGUGCUGUCUCUUCGGCUGCUGUCUCUGGCGUUGCUGCCACUGGAACCGGCUCCGUCAGCGUCUCGGCCUCCGCCACUGCCUCCUCCGUGUACACCGGUGCGGCCGUUGCCAACCAGAUCGGAUACUCUCUGGGAGGGGCGGCGGCUAUUGUCGCGAUUGCUGCUGCUCUGUGAGAAUUGAAUUAGGAUUGCUGCUCUAUGAGUGGUAAAGAUUAAUGCCAACUUAUGUGGCUGGAUGUAAUCAUGGUCUGGGUUAUUCUAGUGAAUAUCUUUGCUACAACUAAUAUAUUUUGUACCUUUUAUGUCCUCAUAAUAGUAAGAGUCUGACAAU